UCGCUCCCUCUCGCAAUAAUAUUCUCAUCUCAUCCCGCCUCUUUUCUCCUCAUUACUCCGUAUUCUCGUCUUCAUAAAUAAUGUCAAGUACGUGCAUCGCGCACCGACGCGUUCAACAUCCCGAAUCCCCCUUGGGAAUCGUCGCCCACCAACCAACUAGCCACCGACCAGCUGCAGCGCAGGGAUCGCGUCGAUUCAUUUUCCCUCGAAGUCUGGUACCGUACUCCGCAGGCAAGGUAAUAAGUGGAAAGCCGCGUCUGGACCAGCAACACGACGACAAUAAGUGAGACUGGGCGGACCGCGGAGGAAACAAUGGCAGUAAUCCUUUGCGACAGGAUGGUGUAUAGUGUGUGCAGGUACACGUCCCCAGGGUCCCCCUCAAAGUCCAAGAUUCCGGCUG